GCAGGUAACGUGACCUGCCAGAACUAACGCUACGCUUGAUUUCUUUAGGGUGAUCUGAUGCAAGUGGCCUUUCUGAUGGGAGAACCAGAUGCAGCUCGUGAUCAGUGUGCCGUUUUCCAAUCCCAGUGUGGCGGAACCGGACACAAACCACCUCGAUCUCCUCGCAUACACACUGAAGAGGAACUUCUGCUGUCCUCAAAUGACCUGGAGGACUUAUUAGAGACAGCAGAGGACAGUGUCUAUUUUCAUGCAAAACUGACUGGUCUCCAUAGACGUGGGAUUAUACGUGGAGACGGUACUCUGCCUACUGGAUCCAAACGUCCUGACCUUGUGGGGCGAGGUGAUGUGUUUGAGGUGGAUGAGGAUACAGACCUGGUAGACCAAAACAUCUUAUCCAAAAAUGGUGGUAAACCUUCCAAAACAUUCCCAACUGACACAACAAGCAGCCGUGAUGGAAAACCAGAAUCUAAACGUCUAAAUGAAAACAUCACCACUGACAAGCACAAACUUGGCAAACCUUCACCAAAGAAACCAGUGGAUACCAUAAUUAUCAACCUGGAUGUUCAGAUACCCGAGAAACCUACCGGAAGUAUUGUACCUAGUAGCGAAAUUCAACUGGAAACCACCUCCAGUCCUGAGGAUCGAGAAUCCAACUUGUUAAAAGAGGAUUUGGGGGUCACCACACAGGCUCCUGUGAGAAAAACUUCUUGGGAGGGCAUCUCAAAAGGAAGUGGAAGAAAAACAUUCAAAACUUCAGAUAUCCCUGUAGGACCUGGCUGGGGAUCUGAGGAGCACCCAGGAACCGUUAUAUUUACAGAAAGGCAUGGAGAUCUUGUGCGUGGCUCUGAUGGGAAUAUGUAUCGCAUUCAAAGAGGACCCAUGGGGCCAGUGGGGCCCCAAGGUGAGCCUGGAUGUCCUGGGAGUGAUGGCUAUCCAGGACCUAAAGGUGAUAAGGGUUCCAUUGGGCUUAAGGGCCGUCCAGGUCGCCGUGGAGUCCCAGGACCUCCUGGGCCACCUGGGCUGCCCACAUUCUACCUGUGGAGAAACACACCUGAGGAAUGGGCUGCAUUUCAGGGUUCCAUUGGGCUUAAGGGCCGUCCAGGUCGCCGUGGAGUCCCAGGACCUCCUGGGCCACCUGGGCUGCCCACAUUCUACCUGUGGAGAAACACACCUGAGGAAUGGGCUGCAUUUCAGCAAACUUCGUUCUUCCAGCUUCUCCGUGCAGGUUGGCCUAGAGCGCAAGGUCCGUCUGGUCUGGAAGGAGAGAUGGGGAAACCUGGGCCGCAGGGGCCACCUGGGGAGCCAGGUGAACAUGGAUGUCCAGGACGUAUGGGAGACAUGGGUGACCGUGGCCCAAAAGGUGUGAUAGGCAGAGCAGGGGUCUUUGGAAAGGAUGGAGAAAACGGGCUGGAUGGGCCUCAGGGGCCUCUGGGGAUUCCAGGACCAAAGGGUCCUUUAGGCUAUAAAGGAGAAUCAGGCUCACCUGGAGAGAAAGGAGAAGAGGGUAUUGCUGGACCAGAGGGUCCAUGUGGAGAUAUGGGAAAAGGCGGAGAGAAAGGUUCAAAAGGAGCACCUGGCUCUCCUGGUCCUGUCGGCCCUCCUGGUCCACAAGGAAUGAGAGGGAUGGAGGGCCCUGAAGGUCAUCCAGGGCCAGAUGGGGAUGAUGGGAUGGAGGGACCACCAGGUCUUCCAGGUCCACCAGGAGCUCCUGGUUGGACAGGUGUGGUUGGUGCCCAGGGACCUAAUGGCUCUCGUGGGGAGCCUGGGCCUCCAGGACCUGUUGGUCUUCUGGGACCUCGGGGACCCCAGGGAUUAGAGGGACAGAUUGGGCCUCCAGGACCAAGGGGCCUGAAGGGACUGUCAGGUCGGGAAGGUUUACCUGGUCCCAAAGGAGAACCUGGACCUGCAGGGUCAGUGGGCCUCAGAGGGGAGCCAGGAUUUGAUGGAUUAAUGGGUGUAUUAGGAACACAAGGUCCAAAAGGUUUUACUGGUAUCAAAGGUAACAGAGGACCUGAUGGAGACCAGGGAGACAUUGGACCUAAAGGAAACAAAGGUGUUAGAGGAGCCCCAGGGGUACAGGGCAUCCAAGGUGAGCAGGGACCAACAGGCUUUCCUGGUUUCCCAGGCAUCAGAGGCCUGCCAGGACCACAGGGGAUCCAGGGAGAGGAUGGAGAAGCUGGUCCGCAUGGCAAAGUGGGAAAGGAGGGGCCAAAGGGGAGCAAAGGUCCCGAAGGCCUCUCUGGAAAGCCUGGUCCUAGAGGCCUAAAGGGUCGAACAGGGCAGAGGGGUCACACUGGCAUGCCUGGACUUCCCGGUUUACCUGGCCCAUCUGGACCUGUUGGAGCUGAAGGAAAGCCUGGGACUGCAAGGCCUUGUGGGUAAUGCAGGAAGUCAAGGACUAAUGGGAUUGCAAGGGAUUCCUGGAGAACGUGGUCAGGACGGACCCCCUGGAUCUAUGGGUCCACCUGGACGAGAGGGGCCUAUGGGCAGUCCAGGACCACCAGGAGAGAGGGGUUUCCCUGGAAAGACAGG